AUGCUCAGAGGCGGGCCCGCCCCAAGCCCCGCCCGGCUCCUGCCUUCCUCCGAAAGCGAAAGCGGCGGCGAGGGAGCUUCUGGGCGCAGCGGAGCGGCGGCGGCGGCGGCCUCGAGGGCGAUGAAGGGCGCCACCACCACGCGGGCCCCCCCUUCCCUCCGCCUGCUGUUGUUGCUGCUGCUCGCGGGUGCAGCGGCGGCGGCGGCGAGUGCGAAUUCCGCGGCGGGCCCCCCCGGCGGCGCCUUGCGGGUGGGCUGCUGGUUCGUGGAGGAGACGGGGGGCGGCGGGUCGGUGAUGCCCAGCCAGCUGAAGCAGCGCCCCGCCCUGCUGCUCCUGCCCCCGCCCGGGAGACGGCUGCUGCCCCGGGAGGAGGAGGAGGCCGAGCUGCCCCCCGACGUCGAGCCCGCCUUGGCCUUCCAGCUCCUCGACCCUUCCGGGACUCUGUGGGGAGGGAGCGACCCCAGGGUCCCUCCGCUCUGGCUGGGGGCAGAGGCCCACUCCGUCUCCUGCGAGAUCAACACCUACUCUCUCCAAGAGGCCCACGUCUCCUGGGCUGUGGGGCUGGCCGGCAAAGAGGGCUGCCCGCGCUCCCUGGAGAAAGGGAAGUGGUUCAUUGUCAGCAUCCAGAACUCAGAAGCCGGCUACGGGGUCAGCAGCAUCUUGCACGAGGAGGAGCCACAGUUGCCUUGGAAACAGGAGGCUGCAGCCACCAGCAUCAUCACCACGACAACAGCGGUCUUCUCUGUGUUCACGCGGACCCCCCACCUGCAGUCCCGCCUGGGCGAGGACGUGGUGCUCGACUGCGGCUUCUCCGCCCCCGCGGCCCCCUUCUCCGUCGAGUGGCGCCAUCAGCACCGCGGGGCCGGGCGGGUGAUCCUGGCCUACGACGGGGCGGCCAAGCAGAUCUCCGUGGCGGAGAAGGGCGUGGAGCUUUUCCUGGACCCGGACAGCAGCAACGUCUCCCUCUGCCUGCGCGGCCUCCGCGUGCUCCAGGAGGGGACCUACAUCUGCACCGUCUACCUGCCCCACCUGCACGCCCAGCAGGCCUUGGAGCUGAAGGCCAUGGAGCCUCCCAGGGUGACGCUGCGCCCCACCCCUCUCUCCGUGCCCCCCAGCGGCCACGCCGAGCUGGCCUGCGAGAUCUCCGGCUAUUACCCGCUGGGGGUGUCCGUGAGCUGGAAGCGGAGAAGCCCGGGCUCUCACCCUGAAGCCCUCAUGGACACCUGGGAGUCUGGGCACAGACAGUCACCCGACGGCACCUUCAGCCUCACCAGCUACGCCCGCCUGAGAGGCGUCCAGCCCCAAGACCACGGGGCCUCCUUCGCCUGCCACGUCACGCACGCCGGGCUGGGGGAUGCAGAGCUGCGGAAGGCCGUGAAACUCCACGUGGCCGGCUCCUCGGGACCCUCCUGGGAGGACGCCAUCGGGCUCUUCUUGGCGGCUUUUGGGCUCUACGGGAUCCUGCAGCUCUUCUUCAGGCGGGGUAAGCGG